GGUGACAGCGGGCUGCUGGAGAGAGAGCCCAGGAGCUGCCGCGCUUGGCGGGCGCGCGACCUAGGCGUCCGAUCCCGGGCUCCCGUGGGGCCCCCGCUCUCGGGGCCCCCGCCCCACCCCCGCCCCCGCAGCCCCAAACCCUCUGGGCCGCCCCAGCGCGGAGGGGGCUGGUCCUCGACGGCUGAGGGAAGGUGCCCGCCCGCCCCGGAUGGGCAUCGUGGAGCCGGGCUGCGGAGACAUGCUGACGGGAACAGAGCCGAUGCCGGCGAGCGACGAGGGCCGGGCGCCUGGCGCCGACCCGCAGAACCGCUACUUCUACCCGGAGCCGGGAGCGCAGGACGCAGCCGAGCGUCGUGGGGGCGCCAGUCUGGGGGCGCCCUAUGCCGGGGGCGCCCUAGUGCCCGCCCCGCCUGGCCGAUUCCUCGGAGCGUACGCCUACUCGUCCCGACCCCAGGCCGCCGGCUUUCCCGGGCCGGGUGAGCCCUUCCCGCCGACACCGGGCGCCGAGGGCUACCAGCCUGGGGACGGCUAUGCGGCCCCGGACCCGCGCGCCGGGCUCUACCCGCGUGAGGACUAUGCACUGCCGGCCGGGCUGGAGGUGUCCGGGAAGCUGAGAGUGGCGCUCAACAACCACCUGCUGUGGUCCAAGUUCAGUCAGCACCAGACCGAGAUGAUCAUCACCAAGCAGGGCCGGCGGAUGUUUCCAUUCUUGUCAUUCACUGUGGCUGGGCUGGAGCCCACCAGCCAUUACCGGAUGUUCGUGGACGUGGUCUUGGUGGACCAGCACCACUGGCGGUAUCAGAGCGGCAAGUGGGUGCAGUGUGGAAAGGCCGAGGGCAGCAUGCCAGGAAACCGCCUGUACGUCCACCCAGAUUCCCCCAAUACUGGAGCCCACUGGAUGCGCCAGGAAGUUUCAUUUGGAAAACUAAAGCUUACGAAUAACAAGGGGGCCUCCAACAAUGCGACUCAGAUGAUUGUGCUCCAGUCCCUCCAUAAGUACCAGCCCCGGCUGCACAUCGUUGAGGUGAAUGAUGGAGAGCCAGAGGCAGCCUGCAAUGCUUCCAACACGCAUAUCUUUACUUUCCAAGAAACCCAGUUUAUUGCUGUGACCGCCUACCAGAAUGCCGAGAUCACUCAGCUGAAAAUUGAUAAUAACCCUUUUGCCAAAGGAUUCCGGGAGAACUUUGAGUCCAUAUAUGCAUCUGUUGACACCAGUGUCCCCUCCCCACCUGGAUCCAACUGUCAAUUGCUUGGGGGAGACCACUACUCUUCUCUCCUACCCAACCAGUAUCCUGUUCCCAGCCGUUUCUACCCCGACCUUCCUGGCCAGGCCAAGGAUGUGGUUCCCCAGCCUUACUGGCUGGGAGCCCCCCGGGACCACAGCUACGAGGCUGAGUUUCGAGCAGUCAGCAUGAAGCCUGCAUUCCUGCCCUCAGCCCCGGGGCCCACCAUGUCCUACUACCGAGGCCAGGAGGUCCUGGCGCCUGGAACUGGCUGGCCUGUGGCCCCCCAGUACCCUCCCAAGAUGGGCCCAGCCAGCUGGUUCCGUCCCAUGCGGACUCUGCCCAUGGAGCCUGGCCCUGGAUCUUCAGAGGGGCGGGGGCCAGAGGACCAGGGCUCCCCUUCAAUGUGGACUGAGAUCACCCCCAUCCGGCCAGAAUCCAGUGACUCAGGACUGGGCGAAGGAGACUCUAAGAGGAGGCGUGUGUCCCCUUAUCCUUCCAGUGGUGACAGCUCCUCCCCUGCUGGGGCCCCUUCUCCUUUUGAUAAGGAAACUGAAGGCCACUUUUAUAACUAUUUUCCCAAUUGAGUAGAUGACACCGUGAAAAGAGCAGAAACAGUAUUAUUAGGUUGGAGGACACCAGCUAAUGUAAACAACAGACUCAGGACUGAGCAGUCCCCAGCUCCCUCUGUCCCUUCUCCUUUUGUAGUUGGUUAGGAAAGGGAUUCUGGGGUUCACUGGCUGCUUCCUCGCUCACAGCGAAACCUGAGUAGAGUGUCCCUUCCCUUUCCUGUGCCCUAACUACAGUCAUUUACCUGGUGCUGCUUCUGGCUGUGGGUUCCCAGGUGGAGAACCAAAAACAGAACAAGGAGUGUUUUCUCUUCUGGGGGGGGAGGGGUUUCAGGUGGGGAAGGUGGGGAACUGGAGACUGAACUCGCUUCCUCUGUAGAGGAAAUUUCAGCAUUUUUGUUUGCGUGUGUGUUAAUCCCUGAUCUGAAAAUAAAGAUACAUGGAUUUUAAAACAGCCAGCCGGGGUCAGGGAAAGGACUCAGGUGACUUUGGUCAGCUGGCCUGGACCUCACCCACUCAGAAACAGCGGGGUCCUGAGGGAGGGACUGGGAAUGAGGGUGCAUGUCUCAAGAAGAAGGUCUUGGGGGAGAUUAUGUGUGCGUGCGUGCUUUUCUUUUUUUUAUUUUUUUUUUGGAACAGGUUGACUAUUUAUUGUACAGAGAGUGGUGUCUGGAUAUAUUUCUUUUGUCUUCAUCACUUUCUGAAAAUAAACAUGAAACUGUU